AUGGAAUACAUACGGCCUCCGACACUCUGUGAUUCUGUACGCGAUGUGAAUGGCGGCUUUAUUGCUAACAAAUCGGCCAAGGUCGAUCGCUGGCGUGAACACUUCGAGCACCUCCUCAACUUUGGAGACCACCCCUCCACACCCUCCCUCUCCUCCACAGUGGAGUUUCAACCCUCUCCAGCCUACGCAGUGUCGUGUGACCUCCCGUCCGAAGACGAAGUUGCCGAUGCAAUGCAGAAACUGUGCAAUAACAAGGCGCCUGGAGGGGACGGCAGUUUCAGUGUGUACGUGACUCCAGGGCAUGGCCCAACCAAGCCGGAUUUCGCGCUGGGGCGUGGAUGUGCGGACAAGAUAGUUACGCUGAGGCGCAUUCUGGAAUUUCGCCACAGCUACCAACAACUGACGGCCAUCUGCUUUGUCGCUUUCGCCGCCGCGUUCGAUUCUAUCCAUCGUGAGUCCCUGUGGCGAAUGAUGGAACUAUAUGGAGUACCUACUAAGCUCACUGCCAUGAUUAAGGCCUACCACAUGAGUUCUGGUCCACAAAAAUCUCUCUCAAUCGUUCGAUAUCCGGUUUGGUGUCCGACAGGGCUGCGUCCUGCACCAUUCUGCUUAACUACGUCAUUGACUGGAUUCUCGGGAAGGUCCUACAUGAAGAGGAUGGUGUUGAGCUUGCGCCCGGGCGCCGGAUGA